AUGAUUGAGGACGAUACAACUAGGAAGCUGCUGAUAGGUAACGUCAUCAUACUGAUGAAUCCUUUUGCCUCCCGUUUCUGGAGAAGGCCAUGCAGUUCUAGGAUAGAUAGGCAAUGCUUCACCAUCAUGUUGGUCAAGACUGUUGACCCACAGAGUCAGGGACACAGGUUUACCACAAGUCUAUCUGGAUCCGGACAUGCGUAUACAACAUCUGCUACUACACUUCUCCGCGGAUUAGAAGUCACGGCCGUAAACCCCAUGACCAAACCUAAUCAUGCAAUGCACAUUCUACCACUAAACAAGGUUCAUUCUGUGAUGACGGAUAAACAACAGCUGGCCUGCAACACUACCCAAUCCAUAUCCAAGGGUUUAGGGUAUGACGCUGUGCACUUUACCCUGCAUCAACAUCAUCAGCCAUCAGGAUCAGUCGUCAUCGUCCCCGAUGCACAAUUACCGUUGACAGUUCACAGUGUUCUAUCCUUGUCCCGUAAAAGUAAGCACGGCAGUUCAUUCUCCUCACAAAAUUUCUACCACAAUCGUGAUUCCCGUGAUGUCGAUACCGCUUACCGCAUUGAUCUACCCAACCACGUUGUGUUGCUCAGGCGAUCUUAA